UAUAAAGCAUGUCACGAAACUUCAAAAUUUCAAAAUUAUAACAAAUUUUAUAGUGUUUUCAUUACAUUUUUCAUAAUGGAAUACAAUAAUUUUGAUGGACAUCAGUCAAAUGAUAGUAGAAAAGUUCGAUAUGCAUCUGGGUCAGAUAUAGAUAUUGGAGAAGAUUGUUCAGAAAUAUCGAGAUCUUCUUUGAAGUGUAUAGGAGAUGCUAACAGCGAUGUUUCAGUUAGUACUAGCAUAUUAGAUUUUGAAGAUCUCGAUGCAAAAUCUCUUAAAAGAAAACUAGAAGAAUACGAAUAUAAGAACAAAUAUUUACAAAAUGAAAUUGGCAAAAUUAAUACAGAACUAGUCAAUGAACGGGUUAAAACUACCAGUCUAGAGAAAAAAUUACAAUUUGUUAAAGAUAAUCAAGAAGUAUUUAUGAGACUCAAAGAAGCUUAUAUUAACAUGAAAUAUAAUGAAGCAGCUGGUAGAAAAAUGAUAGAAAUCAGAGAAAAAGGUAUUCAAACCUGGAAAGGAGUUCUGUGCAGCUCGUGUAUAGAAAGUGAAGAUUUAAGACGGCAAAUUGAAAUUUUAGUUCAAAAAUACAGCCAAGUUUUUGUAGCUUCUCCGGGUGAAAUUGAGCAACUUGUUAAUACAGUAAAAUAUUUGAAGGAUUUGAUUGUAAGAAGAGAAGAAUCUUGGUCAAUUAAUAUGGAAAGGGAGAAUAAGUUACAGCGUCAUAUUGAAAUACUGAAGCAAGAGAACGAGUCUUUAAGAAAAUGCAUGGAUAAAGAACCUGGCGCUGAUGAACUACAUAAUACACAUAUGAAACCUGAUGAAAGGAUUAUUGAAGAAGAGAAAGUAGAGACAAUGCGAAAAUGUAUGGAAUGUAUGCAUAAAGAUAUGGAAAAACUUAAAAAGAUUAUUGUCAAGUUUGAUAGGAGUUUUAGAUGCGAGACACAGCAAAAUCAAUCUAAUAUAGUUUACCCAUUAAACGACAAGGAAGAAAAAAUUGUGCAACAACUAGUUAAAAAGUGUUCAAGUAACAGAAUCAUUAAACCAUUUAAAGAUAACACAAUAAUUUCUAGAUACAAUUCUAAAAUUCCCCAGCCGAUAAUAGAUCAUGUGAGAAGCAGAAGUUUAUCUGCUGAUAAAGCCAAUCUACCCCAACAUAGACGACCGUCUAGUCCAAUCAGAACAUCAAGACGACGAAGUGACUCAGCAUCUAAAUUUGUACACAGAACACACAGCCCUGAUAGAAAAACAGAAUGUGCUAUUAUGAUGAUGGAUUGUUUAUUCGAUUAAUACCUAGCUUUGUUGUAGCUAACUGAAUAAUAAAAUUAAUGUACUCGCA